UCUGAAACUACACACCACUGGCUCUUUGGAGAAAGGUAACGCUUGAACUUACUGCUCUGAACUCAAUCUAGCCCGACACCUGAAAAGAGAUGGACCCUUGCGAGUGCUCCAAAACCGGGACAUGCAACUGUGGAGCAUCCUGCAGCUGCAAAAACUGCUCCUGCACAACCUGCAAGAAGAGUUGCUGCUCAUGUUGUCCUUCCGACUGCAGCAAGUGCGCAGCUGGUUGCGUGUGCAAAGGGGAGAAGUGCGACACCAGCUGCUGUCAGUGAGGAGUCUGCACCCUUUGCGCUUGUGAUGGAGCCUGUGCAAACGACACAGGAUUGUAGUGUAAAUGUCUAGAAGACGUGUUUUCUACAGUUUCUAUGUUGAAAUAAAAAUUUCCUUAAUGUGA